UUGGAUAAUUUAAUAGUAUCUGUUGCCACUGGAGGGCGCUCCAGGCUGAUUGUGUUGCACUGAUGUAGCCGAGCAAUAACAAGUAAAUUAGUUUGACACACGUGUAAUACGUUCUCUCCAUGAAGAAUUAAGAUAGCAGCAGUAUUAAAUGGCAUAUUGAACUUUAAAAAAGGUAAAAAGUAAACUUAAUUGUUUUGGUCAGAACUACAACAUAAAGAUACUCUGCAUUAGGCUCAGUCUCGAUAUUAUUCGAUAUUAGCAGCAGCAUUUCCAGAAACCAUGGCUGAGAAAUUGGAGAGUUACCUGAACUGUUACGUCUGCUCUGAGACUUUCAGAGAUCCUGUGUCUCUGGGCUGCCACCACAGCUUCAGCUCCAGCUGUCUGACUAAGUUCUGGGAUCAGGCUGAAAACAAGAACUGUCCAGUCUGUAAGAUAAAAUCUUCUGAAGAGAUUCUAGAUAUCAACCUUUCAUUGAAGGAUUUAGCUAACUCAUUUGCUGGGAGACACAAAGCAGGACCGUUUGAAAAGAGGAGACGAGAGGAGGAGGUGGAGGAGGAGGAGGUGGUGUGUAGCAAACACUCAGAGGAGCUGAAGUUCUCUGAGCAGGAACAGAGAGCUGUGUGUCACGUCUGUGAGUUCCCUGCCCACCACGACCACAAGGUGGUUCCUCUGGAAGAGGCAGUGAACAGCCUGAAGGAGAAACUGAAGGGUGACUUACAGUCUCUGCAGGACAAGCAGGACAAAUACAAACAUGUGGAGAAGACGUACCAGGAAGUAGUGCAGCACUCUAAGACAGUGUCUGGUGUCGUCAGAGAGUCUGAGGUGCUCUGCAGUCUGCACAGUGAGAAGCUGAAGCUGUUCUGUCAGGAGGAUAAAGAACCCGUCUGCGUGGUGUGUCAGACCUCCAGGAAACACAGAUCUCACACCUGUGUCCCAGUAGAUGAAGCUGCCCAGGAUCACAGGGAAGAAAUCCAGACUGCCCUGAAGCCCUUAGAAAAGAAGCUAGAGGACUGUAAUAAAGUUAAACUAACGUGUGAAAAGAUUGCAGAACACAUUGAGACCCAGACAGUAAACACAGAGAAGCAGAUGAAGGAUAAGUUCAACAAGCUUCACCAGUUUCUACAUGAGGACGAACAGGCCAGGACUGCAGCUCUGAGAAGAGAGGGCGAAGAGAAGAGUGAGACAAUGACAGAAAAGAUUGAGGGAAUAAAUAGAGAGAUGGCCUCACUUUCAGACACAAUUAAAGCCAUAAAGCAAGAGCUAAAUGCAGAUGAUGUGUCAUUCCUGCAGCACUUCAAAACCACAGGGAAGAAAGCCCAGGUCACACUGCCGGAUCCACAGCUGGUCUCAGGAGCGCUGAUAGACGUGGCCAAACACCUGGGCAACCUGACCUUCAGAGUGUGGGACAAGAUGAGGGGGGUGGUCAGCUUCACUCCUGUCAUUCUGGACCCCAACACUGCACCUUCCCGUCUCUCUCUAUCUGAGGAUCUGACCAGUGUUAGACAGUCAGGCUCAAAGCAGCAGCUCCCUGACAACCCAGAGAGGAACACCAAGUACCCCACUGUUCUGGGUUCUGAGGGGUUCAGCUCAGGGAAGCACAGCUGGGAGGUGGAGGUGGGGGACCAUCCUGUCUGGGUUAUAGGUGUGGCCAGAGAGUCAGUAGACAGGAAGGGGGAAGUACAAAUAUCCCCAGAGUAUAGACUCUGGUGUAUAAAGCAGUUGAGUGGUAAGUACCUUGAUGUCUGGGGUAAGACUCUCUCUCUGAAGAGGAGACUCCAGAGGAUCAGAGUUCAGCUGGACUGGGACAGGGGGGAGGUGUCCUUCUACCACCCUGAAGACAUGACUCACAUCUACACUCAUAAAGACUCCUUCACUGAGAAACUCUACCCACACUUCUCUAUUGGAAAAGCUGGUGAUGCCAAACACCUUGACGUAAAGAUCUGCCAAUCAGAGGUGUCUGUGUCUGUGAUGUCAUCCCAGUGAGGUGUGAGGUAGUUGUAGUCCCACUCCUCUGAACUGCAGUGGUCAGGUUUCAUGUUGCUGUUCCCUAAGGAAAUGAACCUGGUUGAUGAUGAUUGAUGAUGAUUGAUGAUUGAUGAUGAUUGAUGAUGAUGAUGAUGAUGAUGAUGAUGAUGAUGAUGAUGAUGAUGAUGAUGAUGAUGAUGAUGAUUGAUGAUGAUGAUGAUGAUGAUGAUGAUGAUGAUGAUGAUGAUGAUGAUGGUAGAACAUGCAGGAGGAAGAUCCCACCUCUCUGCUCUGUUGGUCACUCAUGAAGGAUGUUAAAGUGCAGUUUGAGAAUCUGAUGGUUGAUGACCUGGUGGGUGAUCUGCAUUUGACAGCAGAGCGAGAGGUUGCAAGUUCAAAUGUCUCCCUGAAUGUUGCUUUAGAUGAAAGCAUCUGAUGAACACAUUAUUAUUCUUAUACUUUCUAUAUGCGUUUUGUGGGGAGGAGGGCUUGAUCAUGUAUCGUGUAUUUAGAUUUCUGAAAGGAGGUGUGGUGGAAGGUGGGGGUUGCUGUAUUCAUGUUAAGAUAUCUUUGUAGUGGAGUUAUAUAAUAAUGACUGGAUCUAGGUGUUCUGGGGUGAUGUAGUAAUGAACUGAGGUAUUUAUGUUGAAGGGGAUUUUAUCACUGUCACAGAAAUUAGGGUGUGUGUUCUUUGUAGACUGAGAUGAGCAGAAAGUUGGGGAAUUCAAAUAAUUAUAUUUUCAAAUAUGUUAAUGAGGGUUCAGGAUUAAGCAGCUUGUAUGUUGUCCUAUGACUGAGUGAAACAGAUUUUGUUUUUUUGAUUUCUGUUGUAAAAUAAAUGGUAAACUGAU